AAUAUCCUUUUCGGUUGUGUUUUACAUGAUAUUUUGUCUUAUAAGUUGCGAUCUAUGUUCGUGAUUUCGAAAAAAAGCGAGCAAAAAAUUUAAAGGUUCCCUCUGGCCACCUAGUAACAGAAAUUAGGGCUCUAUAACCAUUUAGCUUAGUUCUGAAUUAUUAGAAAUUUCCAGAAGAUAUUUUUUCCAUGUGUUAUUAUUGAUAAACAGAAAAAUAUUUAAAAGAAAAAAUUUGUUCAAGAUUAUGCAAGACCCUUCUGACUUUUUCAAUCCUAAAAACUAAGUGAAAAAUAAGGUAGUUGUACGGAAAAUCCUUAAAACUUUUUGUGUCCAAAGGUGUCCAAAGAUGUCCUUUUGCACGAUUUAUUUUUCCUAAGAAUAUUUUUUAAGAAGAGUUUACUUUUUAACGUAGCUUUACUCUUAUUUGUUUAACACUUCUCCAUAUUAAAAGAAAACUAAUUGUUUUCGAAAACUUUGUUUUUGGAACACAACCAAACGUAGAAUAAUCAGAAUAAUUCAUUUUAACAAACUCAUUAUAAACAUGCAGGAAGCGAUUAAAAUCCUAAAACCAGUCAAAGGAAGGACAUUUAAUUUUUAUAUUUUGUUUUUCUUGUGUCCAAAACGAUACAUUUGAUACACCAAAACACUGAUUUUAAUUUCGAAAAAGUUAUACAAUAUUAUUAGUUCAAUAAUAAUGGAAAAAUUGACUCUAUCGGAGUCAAUUUGGGUCCAAGUUGACUCUAUAGGAGUCCGUAAAGUAAAAAAAUAGCUGUUGACUCUAUUGGAGAUUGACUCUAUCGAGGUCACACUGUAUUUAUUUUUUUAAGUGUUUGAUGAAGUUUUUAAGAUCCCUCAUAGUUGCUUUUGAUAUCCACGUCAAAUUUAUGAAUAUGUUGGAUUUAAGAGAUUUCUGUUUUUAUGUGUAAUUGCGGUAAUUGCUGAAAAUUAAAAAAAAAAUCUAUAUACUAAAUUUAUUUAAAAUAUUCUAAAUUUAAAUAAAACUGUCGUUCGGUAUUUUAUAAGAAGAAUUCUAAACGUAAGGCGAUGGUGUUCCCCAAAUGAGUUUAGAAACAUGGAAAAUUUCAAUAUAUACAACUAAUUUGAAUUAACACAACCAUAAAAAAAUGUUUUCUAGCUAAUUGUAUAAUUACAAACCUUUUUUAAUUACUUCUUGAAAUUUUAUUACAUUUUCAUCGUAAAUAAUGCUGCUUUGUUUAAUCAUUGAAAAAGUGUCGUAGAUUUUUCUCUUCGUAGUUAAAUAUGAUUGGGAAAGAAAUGCGACCUUAUCUUGGUGCAUUCUCCCGGCUUCUGUCCACACAUGACUCACAAGGCAGUUGCAGAUUUUUUUUUCAAAUAUAGAAUUAUCUUGGGCAAAUCAGAAUACACGCUGUGGCUAAAUACACGCAAUACUACGGGAGUUUGCCUGAUAAAAGAGUCAAGUAUUAUGUGAACAUAUCCAAUGUUGUGAUAAAUCGAAAGUGGUACGCACCAAGUUCAUCAUCUUGUUGAGCUCUGGGAAUGUUAUCAGGGUAACUUCUCGUUUAGCUGCGUGAAUAGCUCCCUCCAUGUGGCAUCGAUGUGAUAAGGGGACUCCAUCUGAAUCUGGGAGAGAGAUUUCGCUCUGGGCAUUCUCUAAAAACUUCAGUUGUGAACUGUACUUGACCAGAGUCACUUGGUGUUCACCAAGGAGCUUAGGGAUGCCUCGUGAGAGAUUCUAGAGUGAGUUUCGUGUGAGAAUAUAAAAGUCUCUAAAUUGCGCGCGAAAGUGCCCUUCGACCUUAUAGUGCUCAGUCGUGUAGAGGAAGAUCCUAAAUCAGCCAGGAGAGAUGGCAGAGUCUAAGGAAACCUCAUUGAAUCGCGAUGAGGAGGAACGGAUGCUUCAAAAUCCGGCCAAAGAACAGAUAGUUCCUACCACGGCUUACCAAUUUACCCCAAUUGUGGAGAAGAAGAAGACCUUCCUGGACACAUUGCUGGAUCUCUUCGGUAGCAGCUCGUCCAAAAAUGAAGGAAAAGCCAGUGUGGCCAAGAAGAAGAAAAUCACUCUAUUAGCAAUUGUUCUACUCUUAAUGGGAUUUGUGAUAAGUGUCACAGGAUUCUUCAUCAUGUGGUUUACGGAAAUCUACAAUGACACACUUAUAUCUAGAUUAGUUUUAAAAGAAAACACAUUGGCCGCCGAAUGGUGGGCAAAUCCACCUCUUCACAGCUACUUGAAGGUGUAUGUCUUCAAUUACACCAACAUCGAUCGCUUUAUGGAGCGCAUUGAUGAUAAGCUGGAAGUAGAGGAAGUUGGUCCAUACGUUUACUAUGAAAAACUCACCAAAGAACAUAUUGUCUUCAAUGGAAACAACACAAUAUCAUACAGGGAGAAGCGGGUCGACAGAUAUCUGCCAGAAAUGAAUGAGGGAUCAGAUUUGGAUCCAGUUGUUGUGCCAAACAUCCCAAUGCUUACAGCUAUGGCAAAGGUGAAGGAUAGGAAUUUUAUCGUGCAACUUGGUUUCAAUGCAGCACUGCAAUCUACCAGAUCUACUGUCUUUAAAACCCUUCCAGUCAAGGAAUUUCUCUGGGGCUACGAGGAUGAGCUCAUAACACUAUCUAAAUCCAUGUUACCUGCAGAUGAGCAACCACCAUUCGAAAAGUUUGGGCUUCUCAUCAAUAGAAAUACUACCAGUCCGGACAACUUCACCAUCCACAGUGGCGAGGGCAACAUCCGGCAGCUGGCUAAGAUUCUCAGUCUGAACGGAGAGAGUUCAGUUGACUUUUGGGCAGGAGAUGAGUGCAAUCUAAUGGGAGGUACAGAUGGCUCACAAUUCCCUCCGCAUAUGCUUCAGACGAAGGAUAAGUUGGAAGUUUAUAUCAAGGAUAUGUGUCGAAAGUUCCCUCUGGAAUACGAGAAGGAUGUAACAUUGUUUGAUGGGAUUCCAGCCUGGAGGUACAGGGCCCCCGAUGAUGUCUUUGCUCAUCCCCGGGUAAAUCCAGACAAUCACUGUUAUUGUCACAAACCCAUUGACGAAUGUCCUAAAUCUGGUCUCUUCAACUCGUCCAUUUGUGCCUAUGGAGCCCCAAUUUAUCUAUCAUUCCCACACUUCUUCACCGGGGAUGAGAGUCUUCAUGAUAGGAUAUCUGGAUUGAAGCCUGAUCCUGAAAAGCACGUCACCUAUGCAGAUAUUCAUCCUAGAUUGGCCUUCCCAAUUGAUGGUGCCUCCAGAUUUCAGAUCAAUGUCGUUGUACACAAGCCAUCGUUGGUUUCUGGUUUAGGCGAACUGGAGGAGGGGGAUAUUCUUCCUGUUCUUUGGCUGGAAGUGAUUCCUGGUGAAUUUUCAGAUGAACUCAUCUCGCUGAUCUUCCACAGUUCCUUCAGUGCGAACGCCGUUCAGAUUGGAUUGAGAUACGGCACACUCCUCCUCACGGCCACCUUCUUGGCCCUACUCAUUGGCGUGUGCUGGCAUCGUGGCAAGUCCUCCAAGCAAUAACCACCAAAACCUCUUCCAACCCCUCCAAUUAGGUCCAUUUUAGACGAGUGUUAUUUAUUGGAGCAGCGAGAUCAAACCAAAUUGAUCAAGUUGAUAGUGUUUGCAGAGAGAGGAGGAACUUUCCCAGCUUCCGGGAUUAUGUGCUGUGAUGCAAAUUGCACCUGUGCUUCCUCUCAUCCACAAUUUGACAAAACUACCACCUGGCAAAUUGCCACGUGCUCCUAACAUCCAAUGGCACAAUCAUCAUUAGAACAGAUAGAUCCCUAUCAGCAUAAGGCGUCAUACAUUUUUUAGGUGCUGUAAUGUAAUAUGAGAAUAUUCUCUGCAAUUUCUGUUACUGUAGGAUUUUAUACUGAAAAUAUAUAUGCUGUUGAUCAGACAAA